CACUGGACUGCCUUUCUGAGGCCAGGUACGGAUGCCACGAUGCCAGCCUGGGUUUGGUGAGGCCUGGAGUAUGAUCAAAAUUUUGGGAACGCAGUGACAGGUGCAGACACCUCUCGGAGUGUGAUUCCCAACUUCCUGCCUUAAUGCAAAUCUCAAGAACACGAGCCAUGUCACCAAACCACUGCUCACGGCUGUUCGCUGAACCUGACACAUUCUACUCCCCAGUCCUGCAGAUCCAUCACUUCUGGAGAAGGACAGAUGCAAGGGUGAGUUUGGGACUGCCUUCAUGCUCCCCGAUGUGCCCCAGAGAGCAAGGCAGGGAAGGCCACAAGACCACGAUGCCAAAGCAGACAGAAGACCUUCAGAAAUCUGGGUAGAGACUGAGGUGAGGAGAACCAGGCAGUGUUCUGCCUUGAGGAUCUCUCCUUGCACAAAGUCUUGGUGGAGGUGGGAUAUGUGAGAUGGCUUAAUCUUCCAUGACAAGAGCUGACAAGAAGCAGAGAUAAGAAUCAUUCAGUCCUACCACAGGCAGGAUGCCUCCUACCAAGCAGGAGCAACCAACCGCUCACCCUUAUGCAGUACCAGGGCUGCAUUUUGUGGAGAAGCACUGAGAGCAACGGAUCCAGAAGAGCCAUCAUCUACACAAAAGGCUCUGUUUUAAUUCCAAAGAGCAAGGAGCUUAAUGAGGACAAUGAACAAGGAGUCUCAAUAAAAUCUCCUUUCCAUACUGAAGGGUAAUGUUUUCUUAACAAUGCAAUUAGCCCUUAGUAAGCCUGAAGGUCACUUACAGGGAACUUUGUCACCUGAUUGCUCUGACAGUGGGAGAGCGGGGCCAAAGCCUGGACUUAGUGGGCAGCGAAGACAGGCAUCUGGGAUCCCUUUCAAGGGAAGGGGGCAUUGACAAAGCCCUUGGAAAUGAAAUAGGAGCCUUCACCUUACGGAGGUGACUCUGUGCAGUGGAGAAAGGAGGGAACCGGGUCUUCUGGAGGUGAUGCGUAAUACGGAAAGAAGAGGGGAGAUACAGGUUGGGUGUUGGGAGGCAAGUGUUGAUUCUGUUGAGGGUGGGGACGCACUGGAACAGGUUGCCCCGGGACGCCGCCAUGUUGCUUGGGGGCCUGGGACCCACUCCGCCCUGGAGGGGGUAGGCGUGAUGUCACAGUGGGUGGCGGGGAGCAGGCAUUGUGACGCGCGGGGCUGGGAGCAGAGCAAAGGCUGCCGGGCUCAGAGCGUGUGUCAGUGCGGCCUGGCGAGGUGCAGAGAGAGCAGGGACUCUCCAAGUGCUCACCGCCGAUGCGCAACAUGUCCAGUAGGAAGCGGAAGUCCCCCGACUCCGGGGAGCAAGCGUGCGUGCUGUGUCGCCGCGCGGAUGUCAACCCGGACAUCUGCGGGCGCACCUUUGCCGAGAGUGACCUCUGUGUGCAUGAGUUCUGCUUGCUUUUUGCCAACAUCCGCUUUGAGGAAAGCGCCCCCUGGGAGGAAACUGUGGGCCUCCCGGUUGGUACCAUCAGGUGCAGAAUCAAGCAGGCAGACCAGAAGCAAUGCUUUGUUUGUGGCGAGAGAGGAGCCGCCAUCAGCUGCGCAGAGAGAGGCUGUGCACGCAGCUUCCACCUGCCCUGCGCCGUGGACGGCGAAUGUGUCACCCAGUUCUUUGGGCAGCACAGGUCCUUCUGCCGCGAGCACCGCCCGCGACAGGCAGUGGAGGCAGCUCCAUCCCAAGGCACCGACUGCGUCAUCUGCCUGGAGCCCAUGGGGGACAGCACGUCCUACCAGACCCUGAGGUGCCCAGCGUGCAAGCACACCUGGUUCCACCGCAGCUGCGUCCAGGGGCAGGCCAUGAACGCCGGCACUAUGUGCUUCCAGUGCCCCAUUUGUCAAGACACGGAGCAGUUCCGUGCAGAAAUGUCCACUCUGGGGAUCCAAAUCCCAGUCAGGAGACCGUCUUGGUGGGAUGACAGGACCUACCCAUCGCUUCUACGGAGGCACGGGCGCUGCGAUGUCAGCACGUGCCUUUACCCAGGAGGCAGGGAGCAGGAAGAGGCGGAUGGGCCCUGGCAGCUGCUCCUCUGCAGCUCCUGUGCUGCAGAAGGGACCCACCGACGCUGCUCCUACCUGAGCAACAGAGUUAACAGCUGGGAGUGUAACAGCUGUGCUGGCGUGGGCACCGCCUCCAGCAGCAACACGGAGCGCGCCGGCCCCAGUACUUCCAGCCAAGGGGCUCUGGAGCCUCCCCGUGGCUCCCAGGGACUGGAGAACAUCAGCUCCGGCCCCAGCAGCCAGGCAGCAUCGGGCCUACCGCAGAGAUCCCAGCUGCCUGAGAACAGCCACCUGCCCAGUGAGCCUGGGACACGGCAGAGGACAGUCCGCCCACGCCUCCCUGCGGAUCACGAGGCAUCUCGACACCGCGGGAGCGGCCGUACAACAGCCCCACGCACCAGCAGCGGCUCCCGCAGGUCCACCCAACAGAGGGCAUCGCGGCCCUCCGCAGAUUCCCCGGUGGCUGCGCCCAGGAGGGGUCCCAGGCAGCAGGGGACGGGCCGGGUACGAAGCCGCUCCCCGCUACAAGAUCGGGCCUCGCGUUCCCAGAGCCGGCCCAGAAGAAGCCGUGGCAGCAGACAAACGCCACGCCAAGCUGCACGGAGCAGCACACUCUGCUCGGCCACCCCAGUGACAUCGAGGCCCUCGAGGGGUUCCCCGCAGCCGGGACACAGAAGAGCCUCCAGGCAGCAAGGGAGGGCCCACACAUGAAGCCCUUCCACAGCGGGACGUCAGGCUGCGACUUCCCACAGAGACCCGAGCACACCGCGGCAGCCGGUCCCAACAGCGGCGGCCAGCCUGGGCACAAAGCUGCUCCCAGGUCGGUCCAUCAGCAGAACCAUAAUCUCCACAGCCCGACCCUCAGUGUGCAUAGGAACAGCCGUGUGCCAAUGACACCUGCUCAACUUGGUCAACAUCAGCCAAGACAAUAAAUCCCACACUCAUUUACACCA